UGCAGCAAUGGCACCUGGACUCUGCAGGUGGAAGAAAUAGUGUCUCUCUCUAUCAGUACACAAAUCCUCUCUCUCUCUUGACAGCAUCACAUGGCCAUGCAGACAGUUCCAGACCCACCCACAUAAUCAUUCCACAUGGACAUCUGACCCACACUCCCUCUCUCUUCCUCCUUCCUUCCCUUCUCUCCCUCUUAACGUUUUAGGAUAGAACCCACACAAAUUCAAUACCAUUUUGUUUUGCCAACUCUCGCUUCACCACAUUGGUUGACAUGUACCUUCUGUUAAUAUAAAACCAUCAUUCAAUAUUUCAAUCUCCUAAUUUUUUUGUUCUGUGAAGAAUAAUACCAAAACAUCUUUUAUUGGAUCUGCAGAGAUUCUCCAUCUCUCUCUCUCUCUCUCUCUCUCUCUCACAUAUAUAUAUAUAUAUAUUUUUAAGGCAAGUGAAGGUGUUGAGGCUAAUCAAUUGCUUGUUCUGGUUCAAAAAUGGCAAAUGGGUAUUGGGUCCCUUCUAUCUUUUGAUUCUCCUAUUGAUUUCAGCUUGAGCAGAAGGCAUUGUCUGGUUUUUUUUAUGAAACCCUCUAAAAAUGCUUCCAUAUGUUGAUAAGGAGUGAUUUCACUUUAUGGGUUUCAACUUUCUUCUAUUCUUGUUCUUGUUUUAUUUGAUUGUUGAUCCAAACAAAAAUUUGGGCGGAUUUGUGGAAAAUCCAAAAAAGGGAAUCUAUGUUAUGAGAUGAAGCUUUCUUGGGAUUUUAAUUACAAAGAUGAAAUUUGGGCCUGAUGGGCGUAGACAAAAGCAUAAUUUUAGUGUUUUUAAUCCGUGAUUAGCUGGAAAAAUCAGUGGGCUUUUGGGAGAGAAUUUAGCCAUAUAUAUAUGUACACGCAAAAGGAAUUAAUUUCCUUUUGUGAUUGAUUCUCUCUUUGGAAGGCUCUAUUUGGAAUUGCUUUAAUUUGGAAGGUGCUUUAAUUUUUGCAAACUUUUGGAGGUUAUAACAGUCUCAUUUGUGCCAUAUAAGUUAUGCAAAAGUUUUGAGGGGAAAGAAGAAAGAAAAGCACUAGGGUUUAGUUUAUGGCCUUGUGAUUGGAAUCUGGUCUUAGAGUGAGCCUCUGAAGCCAUAGAUUUGCAGUGGUAAAACUGGGUUCAACAUUGUUGAAGAGCCUCUGAUUCAGAUUUUAUGGGGAUGGUUGGAAAUUUACAGGCUUCGUGAACGGUUGACAGGCAUUUAAGAAGUGUGGCUAUUCAAAUUUGUAGUUGAAAAGGGGGUAAAAUGGCUGCAAAGCUCCUACAUUCGUUGACCGAUGACAACCCGGAGUUGCAAAAUCAAAUGGGAUGCAUGACUGGUUUCAUUCAGCUCUUUGAUCGACACCAUAUCCUCUCCGGCAGGCACAUCAGUGGCCGCAGCCCCAAGAGGCUCCCUUCUGGUAGUUCCCACUUCAGCAAUGGCACUUCUGAGACAGGGCCUUAUAGUGUAUAUCAUCAACAGACAGCGAAGGAAAAGAAUUCUUACAAGAAUGUGUAUGAGAAGCAAAGAGUCUCCACAGAAUCAUCCAGAGCCUCUUUCUCAUCUUCCCGUUCAUCUUCUUUUUCUUCUCUUGACUGCAACAGAACAGCUCAACCAGAAUCCUCAUCUUUUGACCAAAUCAUCUUUCCUGAAACUCCUUCAAAUGAACCAGCAAUGAACCAAUCAUGUGCUUCUCCUCAGUUUGGGCGGCAAUCCCUUGAUCUUCGGGAUGUGGUCAAGGACUCUAUGUACAGAGAAGUUCAGGGGCUGUCAGUUAAAAGCACAAUGAAAGAAGUAGCAGCAGAACAUGUGGUGAAGCAUAGAGACUCCCCGAGGCCUCUGCAGCUGUCCAAAUCUGCAGAUGGAUCUCACAGUUUGGGCACCAAUGGAAAGAAUAAUUUGACGGUUGAUCUAAAGGAAUCUCUUAGAGUUCUUGCUAAACUUCAGGAAGCACCUUGGUAUUUUAGUGAAGUAAAAGAACGCUCUAGAUCAUCUUGCGAAUCAAAAGAUGGGUCUUUGUUUUCAAUUCCGAAGGAUGCUCCUCGGUUUUCUUAUGAUGGGAGAGAAAUAAACCGUUUGUCCUUCGAAUCUCGGGACGUCUUCAAAAAAACCACAAAUCUUAAAGAGUUACCUAGACUUUCACUUGAUGGUAGGGAGGGUUCAAGAAGGGGUUUCAACUCUGACUUAAAAUCGAACUUUCCUUUGAGAAAUACACAGGAUAGUGGCAACACCAACAACUGGGUCACGAGUCCACAGCAAAUAUCAGGAAGUCAGACACGAGCUCCUAGUGUUGUAGCAAAGUUAAUGGGUUUGGAUGCACUUCCAGGUUCUUGCUUAACUAGUGACAGUCAGCUGGGGUUGAUUAAUACUUGCCCCAUUGAAGAUUCUAAUCCAUUUGGAAGGUCAUCAAAAUCAACUGGUCAAUGCAGGUCGAUCCCAAAAUCUAAAUCCUCAAGGAACUCAUGGACGGAACCACCUUCACCACAUUGGAAAAAUCCUGAUUCAGUUGUGAAACCCGUCUCGAGGUUUCCAAAAGAACCAGCACCAUGGAAGCAGCUUGAGAGGAGUCGAGGUUCUCAGAAGCCAGCUUACAGUCAUCCAAAAGUUCCAGGAACGAGGGCAACUAGCUCAUAUUCUUCUGUUUAUAAUGAGAUAGAGAAAAGAUUGAAAGAUCUUGAAUUCACACAGUCUGGAAAGGAUCUCAGAGCUCUUAAACAGAUACUUGAAGCAAUGCAGGCAAAGGGGCUCUUAGAGACCAGAGCAGAGGAACAGGAUCCAAAAUUUGGAAAUCAAAGAAACCAUGAGCUACAACAUAUGGGUAAUGAUCAAAAUGUGAGAUUGGUUAACCAACAGAAGCCACAGGGCAGUCUUUUAACUACUUCCACAAACAGGAGGAAUGAUUUUUCAAGGAAUUAUGAUUCCCCAAUAGUGAUAAUGAAACCAGCAAAACUUGUUAAAAAAUCGGGCAUUCAUUCUUCUUCGGUUAUUCCAGUAGAUGGUUUAUCAGGUCUACCUAAACUCAGGGGUGGUGACCUUGUGGAUAACAGAAAGGGUUCAAUUAAUGGUUGGACAGCUAAAGAUCAGAUUCCAAAAACUAGUUCCAGAGAGAUUCCUGUCAAUUCAACUGAUAAGAGAACCAAUGGCAAAAAUUUGAAAUUGACUCAAACUUUGACAAGACCUCAAUGGUUGCCCAAAGAAAACACCACAAGUUCAGUAAAAAGGUCAGGAUCUGUGAGCCCAAGGUUGCAACAGAAAAAGCUCGAGUUAGAGAAGCGAUCUCGGCCGCCCACCCCUCUAUCUGAUUCCAUGAAAUCCAGGAGGCAAUCCAUCAAGCAGCAACCAGAUUCAGGUUCCCCCAGUGGGAAGCGCAGACCAAAAUCCUCCAAGUUGCAGCAAAGUGAUGACAGUGAGAUCAGCAGUGAAACUAGGAUUAUGGGUUACCAAGAGGAUGAUCUUUCUUCGCAUUCAGACAGCAAUACCUUGGACUCGAAGAUAGAUAUUGAAGUCUCCAGUUCUGAUCGAUCUGCCGAGAUCAAUGGCAGCCAGAGUACAUUUGUGAAGCCUGCUAAGUACUCUGUUCAUAGCUUAAGUCAGAAGAAAUCAUCUCCAAGGUUGAGUGAAGACGGGCCAUUGACAGAAAUUGCCACAGUUGUCCUGGAGCAUCACAGUCCUGUUUCUGUUCUCGAUGAUUUGGUAUAUAGAGAUGAUGCCCUGUCUCCUGUGAAACGGAUACCAAAUAACCUUCAAGAUGACGGAACUCAUAAUUCUAAUAAUGAUUCAAGUAAAGAGCCAUGGGUUCCAGCAGAUAAUAUCUUAACUAACAGCUCAGGAUCUGGUCUUUCAUCCAAGAUUGAUCGCAAGAAACUGCAGAACAUUGAUAAUUUGGUUCAGAAGCUUAGAAGCCUGAACUCAAGCCAUGAUGAAGCCCGCACAGAUUACAUUGCAUCUCUUUGUGAGGACACAAAUCCAGACCACAGGUACAUUUCUGAGAUAUUGUUAGCAUCUGGUCUUCUCCUCAGAGACCUUGGCUCAAGCCUGACAACCUUCCAGCUCCAUUCGUCCGACCAUCCAAUCAAUCCUGAGUUGUUCUUGGUCCUGGAACAAACAAGGGGCAGCACUUCAUUAAAGGAAGAAUGCAGCGCUGAAAAAGUGGUCAAUUUGAAACCUGAUCAAGAAAAGUUUCACCGGAAACUAAUUUUUGAUUAUGUUAAUGAGAUUCUUGUUGGAAAGUUAGCUUUAGUUGGGACUUCUCCUGAGCCGUGGUUGAGGCCCAAUAAACUGGCGAGGAAGACCUUGAAUGCUCAAAAGCUUUUGAAAGAAUUGUGCUCGGAGAUAGAAAAGCUUCAAACGAACAAAUCAGAAUGCAGCGAAGAUGAUGAGGAAGAUGGUUUGAAAAGAAUUUUGUCGAAGGAUGUGAUGCAUGAAUCAGAGAGUUGGACAGAUUUCUGUGGUGAGAUUUCCGUGGUGGUUUUGGAUAUUGAGCGGAAGAUCUUUAAAGAUUUAGUUGGCGAGAUUGUGAUUGGUGAGGCAGCUGUAUUGCAAGCAAAACUGGGUAGGCGCUGCAGGCAGCUGUUUCGGAAGUAGUUUAUUUCUCCUUAUCCUGCUGCUUCUUACUUCAUUUUGCCACUCCUCCUCUUGUGAUUUAUAUAUAUUUUUUUCAUGUAAAAGUAUAAUAAUUUAAUGGAUUACAACGGUAACUCCUGUCUGGUUUGUAAAGAUCCCUUCUCAAGUGUAUGCAACAAAAAUGUUCUUGGAUAUUGAAUGAAAGGUCUUUGGCUUGUGUUAUUACUUUUCA